CAACCUUUGGCCUCGAUAACGUGCGUCCCUCUAGCGGGCAGGUAGAGAAAUAUUUUUUAGUUGUGAUCAUGUAGUAUUAGAAAUUAGGCAGAUAAAGAAAGGAUCUCGAGCGAAGUAUAUGAAAUGUUUACGGUGUAAUUUAUCGGAAAUGCGUUGGAAUUACGGAUGGCACGUGUUUUUGUGUCUGUUUACGGCGGCGGCGAGUCAAAGGUGGUGGGACAGGGAACCGACCCGCCAACCCAAUUAUUACCACUACGACGAUCAAUAUAGAAACUGGAAUUCUCGUAACAGACCUUACGAAACGAGGGUUCGAUAUUAUAGUGAUGAGUAUUAUCCGUAUAAAGAAAUGCAGGACAGUAGAUGCGGAGAAGAGACACGCGAACCCGUUGUCCGUACCGUGGAAACUGGACAAGGCGUGGUCGAAGGACGAGUUGUGUUCUUGUGCGACGGGCCCGACAUCAGUUAUCGAGAUCGACCUCAACCUGGAAGUAAUCCGCAAUUCGGUUCCAAAUUUCAUAAAAAUGUCACUGUCUUUUUGGGUAUUCCCUACGCUAAACCACCCGUCCAAGAGCUGAGGUUCGAACAUCCAAAACACCCAGAUCCUUGGGGUAAUUUGAAAACUUUAAGGUACAAGCCACCUUGUCCGCAACCUGAGGAUAUUGAACUUACUAAAGUUGUAGGAGAACCUGAUGAAGAUUGUCUAUAUUUAAAUGUUUUUUCCCCAUUUGUUGAAAAAUUUUACCAGAGAAAAUAUGCAGUAAUGAUAUAUAUUCACGGUGGAUUUUGGGAAAAAGGUAGCGCCAAUACUUUUCCUGCUCACAUUUUAGCUGCUUCCCAAGAAGUUGUUGUAGUUACAUUUAAUUACCGUCUAGGACCAUUAGGCUUUUUUGCCACAGCAAACAGAUCAGCACCUGGAAACUAUGGAAUACUUGACCAGGCUAAAGUUAUAAAUUGGGUAUAUGAAAAUAUAGAUAAAUUUAAUGGUGAUCCCCAGAGGAUAACUCUUUUUGGUUCUGGUGCAGGAGCUGCCAGUGCAGGAAUUCAUAUGUUUUCUGAAGUCACUAGUACAUUAGUGAAAGGUGUAAUUGCUCAAAGUGGAGCCGCAGUUGCAGACUGGGCAGUUAUAACUGAUCCUGAAUUUUUACGUAACAAUAGUAUUUUAUAUGGUAUAGAAUUGGGAUGUGAUACUCGUUCGUCGGAAAAUCUGCUCAAUUGUCUCCGUAAACGCACUUUCAAAGAAUUAGUAAAUUCAAAAGUAAAACGUAAAGUUGGAUGGGUUACUUGGGCUCCGGUUGUUGAUGGAUAUACAAGGGUAAAAGACAGAGUACUUCCGGACACACCAGAGAAUCUUUUAAAAUACCACAACUUUAAUCUCAGACCUAAUUUUGCAUAUAUGACAGGUGUCACUCGCGAUGAAGCUGUGACUAUGAUAUUGAAAGACAAAGAAUUGUACCAUUUAAAUGGAGAAAUAACAGAAAGCUAUUUUAAGAAACAAAUUCAAAUGUUUGCUGAAAAAUAUAAUUAUACUCUUUUUCCGGAAGCUCUUUAUAAUGCCAUUGAAUUCAUGUAUUUACCAUGGUCAGAUGCUUGGCAUACAAUUUCAAAAAACAAAACUUUACUCAGAGAAUGUUAUAUUAAUAUGUUUUCAGAUGCAUAUUACAAGGCACCAAAUGAUAAAAUGAUAAAAUUAUUACUUAAUAAUAAGAUAAAAACAUAUAUGUAUGUUCUUAAUUAUACUGCAGAAGGUCUGCAGAAACCAAAAUGGCAUGGCAUACCUCAUGAUUCAGAAUAUAUAUUUAUUACUGGUGCACCUUUUAUGGAUCCACAAUUCUAUCCAUCUUACUUGAAAUUAAAUGAAGCAAACUGGACUGAAGCUGACCGUAAUAUGAGUCAAUUCUUCAUGGAAGCGUGGGCUAAUUUUGCCAAAUAUGGUAAUCCUACACCAAAAUCCAUCUUAAAUGCAAUAUUAUGGGAGCCAAUGCAAGCAGAAAAGCUUCAAUAUCUUUCCAUCAAUACAACUAAUAUGACUAGUGUUAUGUUGGAGAAUUACAAGCAAAGAGAAAGCCAGUUUUGGAACUUUUACAUUCCCAGAUUAAUACAAAAAAUUACUCCAACUUGGCCCCCAACAUUAGAACCUAUAGUAGAAGAACUUCGAAUUUAUCAAGCUUCAUUAUGGGGAGUAGUAGCAUUAGCAGGAUUAUUUCUUCUUCUUACCCUAACUUUUUGUUUUCUAUUUUGCUGCAGAAAAAGUGCUAAACCAUAUGAUGAUAUAGAUGAUACAAUUGAUUCUAGUAAAAAUUUAAAUUUGAAUAUGAAUACAGCUGUUUAAUUUUAUAUGAAAGAAAAAGCUGUGAAAGUGGGAAGAAUAUUUUGCUUAUACAUUUUGGUCACAAAUAUUUUAUUAUAUUUAAUAUGUUUAAAUAAAUUUAUUUGAAAUCAAACAAUAUAUCAUAGUUUGAAUUUAAAAAUUCUAAUCUAUGGUAUUGAUAUUAUGAUUAUUUUUUAAUUAUUUUAAAUAAUUUUUGUUGUUAUUCAAAUUAUGUGUAAUUGAGGAAUAAUCUAAAAGUUAUCAGUGAAUUAAUUGAAAGUGAAGUGAUUGAUAUGAUAUUAAUUGAUCAGAUGACUAUCUCUAUCUCUAUUAUUCUUUAAAAUUAUUUUUUAAUUUUUAGAUUUUGAAGAUAUAAAAAUGUCAUGAUAUCAAAAUUUAACAACUUAAUGAGUUAAUCUAUAUGUAUCUUGAGCUUUUAAGAGACGUUCUGGAAACUAAAUUAUUUUUUAAAAACAGUGCUUUUGAGGAAGUCAACUUCAUCAAAAACAUUGUCAAGCAAGAAGCAAUGAAUUGUGAAACUAGUGGAAUAGACUUUUCUCGCUAACAGUGUUAAUGUUUUAUUAUUUUGUACAUAAACAUGUCUAAAAAAUAAUUAAAUGUAAUGUAUUUAAGUCUACCUUUAUUGUUUGAAUUGUGAUACUUAUGAUUCUAUUAAAAUAAGGUCAUUUUCUGUAACUCAAAAAUUUUUCUCUUCCUUCCAUUUCAAGUUAUUGAGAGUCUAUUGCAUGGUUCCCCAAUCUUUUUUGACUAUUGACCCUUUCAAGAAUUCCUUGAUCUCCUCCUUUUUUGCUAAUACAGUACAUUUAAUGAUGAUAAAAAGAAUAAUCUGGUAAGCCACUAUUAACCGAUACACCAUUUUCACAGAAAAGAUCUAACUGCAGUGUGCAAAUUUAUAACAUCCUGAAUUGUCAUAUACAAACCCGUUGGUUUUUAAUAAACAGUUUUUCAACUGACCCCUGAAAAUGCCUUAUCAAUCACUUUGAGGAUCCCUAAUCUAUUGUAAUAUGAAACUAAUAUAUUUUUUCAAUUUUAUAAAUCUAGCUAUCUGAUUCAAAAUUUCAGCAUAUUUUUCUGAAUACAAUUAUUUAAUAAGAAUUCAAUAA